UGUGUAAAACGGCCGAGGCAUGGCGCGGCCCCAGCAGCCCAGCCUGCCCCGCAUGACGCCGGUGUCCUGCUCCCAUAAAACGUCCAUCUGCACUUGGGAGGUCCCAGGCGGAGGCCAUGCCUCUGUCGAGGAAGGGCACCAGGCGUACCUGAGCAGCGCGCCGCACUACGACUUCCCGCGCUACCGCCAGCUGGUGCAUGAGAUCACGCUGGCCUUCAGCGGCAUCUCCAGGGAGAUCCUGCAGAUCAAGGGGCGGCUGCAGGAGCAGCACGGGCGCCCGGAGCUCGCCCAGCACCUGGCCAGAGUCCAGCAGAAGGAGCAGGAGAAGCUGGAGCUGACGGCCCAGCUGCAGCUCGCCAAGCAGAACGCGCAGGACCAGCCCGGGCUGGAGGCGCAUCAGCAGGAGGUGCGGGAGCUGAAGCACAAGCUAAUUAAAACCAUUGAGGCAAUCAGCGAAAUUCUCCAGGACCUCAAGUACGAUUCGGAAGAAGCUGAGUGAUGGGUCUCCCUGUGGGAAUGGUUGCAGGAGGCGGGGAGCCGGAGCGGGCGGGGGGUGGCUGCACAGGGUACGCCGCAGGCUCUGCAGCCUGGCCGGCCCCCUGCGAUGCGCCGCCCGGCCCGGCCCCCGCUUGCCGUGCAGCACCGAGCGGUCCCCCUUCGGCCACGCGGGAGCAGGGAGCCAGAUGGGCAGCGUGUGCAAGGCCUUGCCCCGAGUGCCGCGUUGCUCUUGGCAGCUCGCGUGUGUCUGUGAUGGGACGGCUCCAUGCUCCGCCUCUCCGCAGGGGCUUCCGGGCUGGCCACAGCCAGACCUGCAGGUCUGGGGGUGCAUUGCAGAGCGUCCCCGUGCCUGCUGCUGAGACGGGCUUCGACAUCCCCAUGGUCUGCGCAAAGCCCACCUUGGAGCCCUGAUUCAGCCCCAACUCCUGCCUCCCUUCCCCCUCGUGUCUGCCAGCUGCAAACACGGCCUCAGAGCCCUGGUGCUAUUCCAAAAGCCCCUCUGAAGGUCUGGGGCUUGUCCGAUGCCCUGGCUGCUGCUUGCGCCGGGAGCGGGAGGGCGCUGCCCAGGCAGCACCAGGCUCAUUCCACACUGUGGGCGCGUGCCUGGCGGCUUUGCUUCUGCUGUGCCGGGACAGUUUGUCCUUCAAUAAAACCUUUUGCUGGGCUCCAA